AUGCUUGCGGCGGCGGGUGGCGCGCGGGCCGUGGCGCUGUCGCUGUUGCUGGGAGCGCUUCGCUGGUUGCCGGCGCGCGUGCAGGAGUACUACUACUACGUCUGGUAGAUCGAGCCGCUGCACGGGCGCUCGUACUCCUAGCCUCCCGAAUGCUCCGACAUCUCCGUGGACCUGUCGCUCUGCUUACCGUGGGGCUACAAGCUCAUGCGUUGCUCCAACCUGCUGGAGCAUGAGAGCCUGGCUCGAGGUGAAUCUUCUGGCUCCGGCUGGUUGCCGCUGCUGGCUAACUGUUGUCUCUCGGACACUCAAGGCCUUCUUCUGCUCUGCUCUUCGCAAAUGGAGGCUGGACAGGGGGAGGUGGCUCGUCCGUGGGCAAGCCUGCACCCUAAGUGGCUCUUUGGACUCUGGUCCCCACACCAGCCUCGCUCGACCCCACCCUUGCUUCUCUCUUCAGUGACCAAGAUCUGCGCCCAGUGUGAGAUGGAGCACAACGCGGACGGCCUCAUGGAGCAGAUGUGCUCCAGUGACUUCGUGGUCAAAAUGCGCAUCAAGGAGAUCAAGAUAGAGAACGGGGACCGGAAGCUGAUCGGAGCCCAGAAAAAGAAGAAGCUGCUCAAGCCGGGCCCCCUGAAGCGCAAGGACACCAAGCGGCUGGUCCUGCACAUGAAGAAUGGUGCGGGCUGCCCCUGCCCACAGCUGGACAGCCUGGCCGGCAGCUUCCUGGUCAUGGGCCGCAAGGUGGACGGACAGCUGCUGCUCAUGGCCGUCUACCGCUGGGACAAGAAGAAUAAGGAGAUGAAGUUCGCUGUCAAAUUCAUGUUCUCCUACCCCUGCUCCCUCUACUACCCCUUCUUCUACGGGGCUGCUGAGCCCCACUGAAGGGGCCCUCGCAGCUGUGCCUUGCCCCGUCCCUGCCCUGCAUUGUCACCUCCUGCCCCGAGUGCCAGCACAGGCCCUGAGGGAUGUGCAUGGAGCCCAAGCUGUCCUUGACUGAGGGCUUUUGGGGUAUCUGGGAGCUUCCUCUCUUAAACAUAAGGCUUUUUCUUUUGAGGGGAGACCCCCAGGGUCUCAAAAAGUAGGCAGGGAGGAGAGGUGGAGGGAAGGGUAGAGGGGCUAUGCGCAGCCGAGGCGGUUUCUGGAGGGGACCAUGGUGCAGCUCCCCUCUGCUGGGGGGUGGGGGGGCUCGCUUUGGAGAGGGGAGUCUGGAUAUGAGGCUGAACUACUUGGAGGAAGUUCUCCACCCUCACUGCCCCUCCAUGUGUCCUCUCGUAGCCCCCAAAGGCACUAGGGUCACAGUGCCCUCCAGCCACACCUCCCUACUGUCCCCAUCUCUGCCAGGUCCCUUCCCCCUAGAUUGGAGAGAAGCCCAGCCUAGAUCCCCUCCCAUAAGCUCGCUUCUUGGGGUUCAUUCCUCAGCCCCUGCAUGUCCCCUUUACCUUGACGAGUAACUUAUUGCUACUGCUGUGAGGCCACAGGUACUAGACUGAUGCAGGUAGGGUUUGGUGUUUAAUGGUUUGUUUUUUUAAGUUUUUAAUUAAAUCAAAGAAAACAACAGUUGGUUUUGACCAGGUGGUUUCUCUGUCAGGCGGUUCCCCAGAGCUAAGGAGAGGGAGGUUCAGAAGGGACUUUUAGAAAGAGGCCCUUGUCAUAGCCCACGGCCUGUCCACACAGACAUACUCAGAAUGCCUAAGAGCAGUGUCCAUGCUUGUGCAGGAUCCCCCAAGAGCACACAAAGGUCACCCCAAUCAUCCCCACCAAUGAGGGACGGAGCUGGCCAUCUUUUGUCUCUGAGGUCAGCCAAGUUCCCCAGCCUCCUCCCACGGUCAGAAGGCUCCCACAGUCCUGAACAGUCUCCCUCCCUCGGGCAAUGCCUGCUCCGAGGAGCCAAGAGGCUGGGCCACGGAGCUACUUGGAGGAGCCAGAGGCCUGACCACGCUGCUCCUACACUCUCAGCACACAGACCACUGCACACUGGUCCUGACGGGAGGAGAUGAGGGUGCAGAAUGGUGGUCUCAGUGUGGUCCCUGGACCAGAGCAUCAGCAUGAAACAGACGAUCAGGCCCCACUUCCCACGAAACACUGGACCUCGCUCUAAAGCAAUUAUUUCCAAAUCUCUGGAGGCUGUUCAGAAAUCAGCAUUUCUCCAUGGUCGCUGGGGUGGUUUGCAGCCCAGGUGAGACCCUCCGUCUA